ACACACAUACCAUAACAUAAUAACACACACACACACACACACACACACUCUCUCUCUCUAUCUCUAAAUUCCCCUCAUUUUCUUCUCUCUCUCUCAGCAUAUCAAUGGCUUCAACUCGUGAGGGUCACUACAGAGGAGUACGAAAACGUCCAUGGGGUCGUUACGCAGCAGAGAUACGUGACCCCUGGAAGAAAACACGCGUCUGGUUAGGCACUUUCGACACCCCCGAACAAGCCGCUCUGGCUUACGACGGUGCCGCCCGUUCUCUCCGUGGCGCUAAAGCCAAGACAAACUUUCCCCCACCCCCGCCUUCUCCACCACCUCCUUCUCUUCCUCUAGACCUCAACCUUCCCUCAGAUCAUCGGUGGACUUCCCCGUCAGGCCGUAGACUCAUGAUUGGGGAGUUCUUACAAGUCGGCGCUACGCCUGAGAUCAAUUUGCCGGUCACCGGAGUUGCUCCGGCGAAGGAGAAUGAUGGUGCAAUGUAUUUUGGGAUUGUGAGACGUGGGUUGCCUAUUGACUUGAAUGAACCGCCGCCUUUGUGGAUGUGAAAUGAGUUGAUCUUUCUUUUUUGGCGUUCUCUCUAUUUUCAAGCUUUUGAGAGAAGGGUAAUGGUAAAUCCUAUGACUAUGAAGAAAAGAAGAAAAAUAAAAAAAGUUUCCUUGAGAUUUUUAUGUUAUUAGGAUUUAGGAGGAAGCAUUAUUAUGUAAAUACCUGUUUUUAUUUAUUUAAUCCUUCUCUUAUCUUUUUGUACCACGCUUAUCAUAAAACUGAAUGAAGUAGUACAUGUGACUUUAUGGUCUAA